UUUGAUGAUAUCUGAUGAUUACGUCAUAUUGUUUGUCGAAGUUGCUGUGCUACUAUGAGAGUGCUACUAUCUGUGGAACGACUCGUAAAUGAUGCUGUCUCAAAGGGAGCAAAAGUUAUCGCAGGCGGCAAACGGCAUGCACUUGGGGGCAGUUUCUUUGAACCAACCGUCCUUGGGGACUGCAACCGCAGUAUGGACAUUUUCAGUGAGGAGAUUUUUGGCCCUGUUGCGGCUUUGCAUCGGUUCCACACAGAAGAAGAAGUCAUGAAGAUUGCACACGACACAGAAUACGGUUUGGGUGCAUACUUUUUCACUCGGGAUAUGGCCAGAGGCUGGAGGGUUGCGGAAGGACUGGAGUUUGGCUCCGUUGGGUGGAAUGAGCCUGUUAUCAUAAACGAGGUUUCGCCUUUUGGUGGAUUUAAGCAAUCCGGACUCGGAAGGGAGUCUUCUAAGUAUGCAAUCGACGAGUAUCUUGAGCUCAAGUCCGUUUAUGUUGGUGGACUUACUCGGUGACUCGGAGGGCAAACAACAGCCAAGACUGUCGCUCCUUUUGGAGGCGUGCAGCAGAUUGUGGUAAGGAGAAUUUUGCUGUGUUUAAAACUCCGGCCACUUCCAGCAGAGCGAGCCUCAGCGAGGGGUUGUAAGGUGAAAAACUACUGUGGAUUCCUUUGAAGGUGAAAAACUACUGUGGCUUCUUUUUCUUUUGAAGGUGAAAAAACUACUGUGGCUUCUUUUGAAGGUGAAAAAACUACUGUGGCUUCUUUUGAAGGCUUGGAGCAGAUUGUGGCAAGGAGAAUUUUGCUGGGUUUAAAAUUCUGGCCGCUUCCCACAGAGCGAGAGCCUCAGCGAGGUCGCAAGAGUGGUUAAAAUUCUGGCCACUUCCCACAGAGCGGGAUCCUCAGCGGGGUCACAAGACUGGUUUUCAGCUGAAAAACCCCGAUAACAUUUGCAGCGGCAGCAAUUGUGCUUAGUACACUGCUUAGUAUAUGACCUGACAUGGCCUGCUCAUUUGUCAGGCUGUGUAUAUGGCAGGGAGUGAGAGGUCUUUUGUUGUGAGGUUGAUUUCGCAUUAUGCCUGUGUUCUCCCACGAGGGGCAAGGAACCUUGAGACGCAGAGGUCAAGCAUCAUCCUUGUGUGUCUUUGGCACUGUUUGGCACUGUUUGGCACUGUUUGGCACUGUUUGGCACUGUUUGGCACUGUUUGGCAUCUCCCACGAGGGGCAAGGAACCUUGAGACGCAGAGGUCAAGGAUCAUCCUUGUGUGUGGUUGGCACUGUUUGGCACUGUUUGCCCCACUGGUUCCGUCUGGUUGUAACAAGGGUCCAGGGAAGUGGCCACUGACAAGAGGACUGCAAAUAUGAUAGCCGUUGCUCGGGGUUGCAGCGUCCUUGGUUAUUAUUCAAGCAUCAGGAUUAUUUUUCAUGUACCUCGUUUUUCGUCGCCAGUCGUGUCGUGACAGUUCAGAAGGUGGGAUAUGUGGUUGAGAUUUGAGUCCCGUUUGUUAUGAUGAAAUAGCCAGACUGCAGGCAUGACCUUUGCUACAGACUCCUUGUGGUGUAAGUAGGAGGUCAGUCUACUUACAUCUGCCAAAAGCAGCUCAGGAGUGAAGCUGUCACGUGAGACACUGGGAAGGAGAUCACAUGGCCUAGGGAGUGGGUGGCCCGACAGUUGGUCGAGGUGUACGGUUUGUCGCCCUGGGACGCAGUCCCUUGGAGGUGGUUGCGCCAUGAGGUGUGCUGGUGCCAGAGAACUGAGAGAAGCCAGUGCAGACCACAGACACUGUGAGAGAGAGAGAGGGAGAGCAGGAGAACCUCUCCUCACUCUCUCCCGCUCUCUUUGCUGCAGGCGAAAUUGUGACUGGAAACUACCGGUUUUGUAACUUUGCGAGCAUUUUUCUU